CUCCGGUUUAGUGACGUUUAAAUAAAAUAAAUCUUUCGUUUCAGAUUUUAUUUUCACCACAGUCCGCUGUGCAAGUCCAGUCGCCGCGACACAGUGCGAUCAGUUCCCAGCUUUCCUCCGCCGGAGUGGACUCGAUUGGGUGAGACGCGGACCACCGCACAGGCAUGCACCUUCCCGAGCAAGCAUCUUUCAUUUGAUCAAUUUAGUCUUGCUGUGGAGUUUGUGGAUCAUGCUCGUGAACAUUUUUCUGUGAUUAUAUCAUCGAAAUGGGAGAUUUGCGUCGAAACAGAGGUGGAGGCUCCUCUGAUCAUGAAAGAAAUGAGCACACACUGUUUCCAAAACCAGAAACCUUAGAUUUUGACUUGCCCUGCGACACGUCUUACCCUCAGCAGACUGGUGACAAUGCCGCUACGUCUUCUUCUGGAAGUAACGUGAAGUCAUUGCUCAUUGAGAUGGGGUUUUGCCCUACUCUUUGUCAGAAAGCAAUUGAUGAAAAUGGUGAUGGUGACCUUGAGGAGUUAUUAGAGAUUCUCAGUAAGAGUCCUGUAAAGGAACAUCCUGAGACCAGCUUUCAUGGGCUAAUGGAACCAAAACCGGAGCCUGAUAUAGAAUAUGAAGCUGAUGGUAAAAGGAUGAUGUUGCUAACAAUGGAUUUCCCGGAAAAUUUAGUUGACCUUGCACUGGAUAGGCUUGGUGCAAACGCAGCAAUUGAUGAGAUGGUGGACUUCAUUUCUGCUGCUCAACUAGCUGAAAAGUAUGAAGAAGAAUCCGAGGAAUCACUUGACGGCAGUGGAAACAAUGAAGAAGAUGAAGCUGUCGUUCAAAUUGCUGCUAGGGGACCUCAGGUUUCCAAUGAAGUAUUGUUUGAGACAAUGGACAAAACUUUGCAUCUUCUGGAAAUGGGAUUCUCUAAUAAUGAAAUCUCAAUGGCAAUUGAGAAGAUAGGUACAGUAGGUAAGCUUUCUGACCUCGCUGAGUCCAUUGUGACUGGUGAAAUUCCUGGUGGCAUUCGUGAUGGCCAUGAAGAUAUAGAAAAGAAAGUUUCAGCGGCUCCUGCACCGAAUACAUGUCUUUCAUCGAGUUGGAGAUUCGUUGGUGUUGGUGCACAGAAUGAUGAUGAUGGGCGUUCCUCGAGUGGCACUACUGAUGUAAAACCAGAUCUUGGUUCAGACUCUCUUCCUUUCCCUCCCACAGCCACUGCCAAUGUGGGAGAGACCUCAAGGGGUAAAAGAAUAAAAGACGAAGAUGAGAAUCUAGACGAAUAUAGUGACUUCGACGACAGAGGGAAACGGCUAAGACCCGACUAUUUGGGAGACUCAAGUUCGUUUAUGGAUACCCCAUGGAUGCAAGAUGAGUCUAAAGAGAACACAUAUGAAUAUCCUAGUGCAAUGCAGCCACGUUUGUCACAGAGGCUUGCUCCGAAUGUAGCUAGAAGACCUUAUUUCUUAUGUGGGGUCUUAUGUGAACUAUCUCCUAGCUGGUGGUCUAAGAUAUCGGGUUUCGUGUUCGAUAUUCACCCGGAGCACUUAGAUGCUCGGUUGUGUUCACCUCUGCGUAGGACAGAAGGUUACCUGCACAAUCUCCCCAUGGAAAACAGGUUCAAUAUACUCCCAAAGCCACCGUUGACUAUACAAGACGCAAUGCCACAAAUGAAGAACUGGUGGCCUCAGUGGGAUGUCAGAAGGCAUCUGAACGGCGGCGCGCGUUCUAGAACGGAUGAUGCAACUCAACUCUGCGAAAGAAUCGGACGUCGUCUAGCUGAUUGCAGUGGAAAGCCUUCUCAGCAAGACCAGACUCUGAUACUUCGACAUUGUCACAACUCUAAUCUGAUAUGGAUUGCUCCAAACAUCCUCUCACCUGUAGAGCCUGGACAUUUGGAGCGCAUCAUGGGAUAUCCGACAGACCACACCAACAUCGGUGGUGGAAGGAUGGCUGAGAGAUUGAAGUUGUUUGAGUUUUGCUUCCAAACAGACACGUUGGGGUACCAUCUCUCUGUGCUCAAGUCAAUGUUCCCUGAAGGGUUAACGGUUUUAUCACUCUUUAGUGGGAUAGGUGGUGCGGAAAUCGCACUAAGCCGGCUUGGGAUCCAUCUGAAAGGCGUUAUCUCUGUUGAGCCAUGUGGGUUGAGUGGUAACAUACUGAAAAGAUGGUGGCAGACUUCAAGACAAACCGGGGAGCUUGUGCAGAUUGAAGAAAUCAGGAGCUUAACGACAAAGAAGCUAGAGACCUUGGUGGAGAGAUUUGGGGGAAUCGACUUUAUCAUCUGUCAAAACCCACCAACACCACCUGAUCUCUCUAAAGAAGCCUCAAAGGACAAAGACUUCGGAUUUAAUUAUGGCUUGUUUAACGAGUUUGUUCGUGUCGUAAAACGUGUCAGAGAUAUUAUGGCGUCUAGUUGACCAAGUGCCUUUACGUCCUCAAGUACAUGCAGACUUGUCUCAUCUCUGAAGGUAACUCGUCAAUCUUGAGAGACUAAUUAUACUAAUCUCUACUAGAGUAGAAAGUCGCAAAGCUAGUAUCCAUGUUUCUGUAUCUUCUAGAGAACUGUUUUUUUGAAAUUGAUGCUUUAAUGCAUCCGUCUGUAUGCUCCAUAAUCUGAGAACGUGGUUUUUUUUUUUCCUUGCAAUGCUACUUCUCGGAAAGUUACGCAGUGAACGUUGUUUGUCUCUUCACAUUCAUAUAUAAUAUUAGCAAUUCUUGCUGAAUUUGGUUUAUAAUACUUUGGGUCAAUGUUGUUGCA